GCAGCACACACAGUUCAAGUCCAGUCACUCUGCAAACUUUGGAGCGUUCGGUUGUCAAGUUUCGGUCGCCUGCGUGUUCUCUCUUUUCCGAUUUCAGCACUCUUCCCGCACACACACACACUUCAGGCGCACACACACAGGCAGAAGAUAGAGGGUGGAGCGGAGAAAGGCGGAGACUUUCGCUCGAAUUUCUUGCAUUGUUAUUGUUGCUGCGCCGUGUAUAUAAUAGUGUACAUAUACUUUACACCCACUGUGUGUGACUCCCAUUGUGCGUGUGUGUGUUUUUCCUGGAAGUUCGAAUUCUCUUUUUUCGUCUGCGGCACACACGAUAAAUUAAACCAAACCAAUAAAAAAAAAGAAGGGAGAAAAUUAGUAUCAGAAUAAGUGCUGGAAUCGAAAUCACUAGCUAAUCACCAUGGCCGACAACAACUGCCCGAAGUGCAAAAAAUCGAUCGCCGCCAAGGAAGCAGCCACCACGAUUAUCGGAUGCAGUGGCGAGGACUGUCGGCGGAGGUUCCACCGGACGUGCGUCAACAUCGAUGAUGCGGUGUACGAGGCGAUCCAGAAGAACCCGAUGAUAUCCUUCCACUGCGACGAGUGCAGGAACCAGUCGCCGCGUGCCUUCGCGGCCAAGCUGCAGACCAUCGAGGAGAAAAUCAACAAGGUGGGCAACGGGAUCAACCAGAUCCAGGGCCGGAUGUACCAGCAGUACUUCCAGUUCGGCAACCAGCCGCUUCAGGCGCUAGGCGCCCAGGCAGCGGCCGUGGGUGCAACCGCUGGCCUUCCCAGCGGACUGGAAGGCAAGAAGCAUCCGCAGCAGAACAACCUCAUCGUGGUGGGGAACAACUGCAAUUCGGAUCGAUUGCAGGUGGUCUGCGACUACGGCCGUUGGGUGCAGGUGGGCAAGUUUGCCACCAACACCAGCGAGGAGGAUGUGAUCGAUCAUCUGGCCGAGGAGCUGAAGAUCAACAAAAACCUCGUCAAGUGCACUAAGCUGGUGAAGAAUGAUGCCAACCUGUCGCAGUUGUCGUACUGCAAGUUCAAGAUCUCCAUACCGGACUACCGCUUCAACGAGCUCUUCAACGAGGCCAUCUGGCCCAGCGGCGUGAUGGUCAGCCCGUUCACACCGCGGUCCCAGCUCAAUCAGAAUCGCCUCUAGAGAGACGGGCCCGGAGGCCGGGAGAGCGGGGACCGGGCGAGGGUGAAGCAGUAAGCAGCGGGAGAAGGAGGAGGAGAUGGUGAAGAGCGGGGAGCAGAAGCAGCAGCUGCAGAGGAAGUACUAAAGGAGGCAAUGCGCCUGCGCAGGGAGAGGACGAACGACCGAAGGAGGAGGAACUGCAUCGCGGACUGGCAGCCAGGGGUUGCUAUCCGGCCAGCGAUUAGCAUUGCAACAACACCGCGGACUCCCCCGCUUCGGCGUCUCUCCUUCGGGCCGAUGGAGCUGCAGGCGGAAGAGCAACUAUUGGCCCCCUAUUUGUAUGCUAAUUUUCGACACUCGAAAACAUUGUCUAGAUUUUCAAAAGCUUACAGAACCUAUCUAAUGGAAAACCAACAAGCAUAUUUAUUGAAUUAACUUUGAAAAUGCAUUUUAAAAUGUUUUAGCGUUGCGUAAAUAACAAAAAAUGAAAUCGAUAAAGAAACCAAAAGUAUUUUAAUGGCAAAACUCACAAAUAAAAUAGAUGUGAAGCAAAAAAUAUUAGUCAUUUAUGCAUAACUGUCGUACUUAAAAUAAAGUAAACCCGAAAACAAAGCGAGAAAACUAAGAAAACCAAACUCUUAAUGUAAAAGCCCCACACCGAAAACGAUUAUUCAGGCGCGUAUUUAAACCAUUUACAUUUACUAACUAGGCACCGAGAUUCCCUUUUGAUUUUCCAAAAACUUACUUCCGGGACCUUGAAAAAUUCGAACCCAGAUCAUUAUAUUUUUUCCACAAAUCGAUAAAAGUUGUAUUGCGACGCGUGUGCGAUACCUACCACAUUAAGUACUUACCGUAACCAAUAUCAAACGUAUAUUCAAGCAGACGACGGCUUAUAUUUAUAUUGUAUUCGUAUAUGUAUGUAGUUUGAGGCAUUUUCAAAGCUUGUUCCUGUUCCCAAAGACGUUUGGACAUUUUGCGAACCACUGCACAGGACACUGGCCAGCAGCUAGACCCAUUCAAAUUCAGAUUGAAAGUAUGUGUAUUUGCGUUUUCGACGAGGGACACCCGUUGGGAGACCCGAUGGCAGUUACCACAUCACGUUCCACGAGGACAGGACUCGAAACGAAACGAAGCUGGGCAAAUCCGUUGCAAUAAUAACUCACUGACCGAGUAUAAUGGAUGUACAUUUCGUAAUUGAUCUAUUUUUUUACACCAAUCCGACAGCAAUAUUUUCCGUGGGCUCCACGCCAGCGAUCCGAACAGAACCGUAGAUAUUUACGCAAGAGUCAGCAAACGAAAUGUAAAACACAUAUAUUAUAUAUUUAGUAUACAACAAUAUGCAUGCAUGUAUUUAUGUCAACUUUUUCAAUAAAUUCUACAAAAAAAAAAAAAAAAAUAAAUUACCAUAGAAGAA